GUAAAAGUAAAAACUAAUACUUUCAUUUUUUAUGAAGGCGUAAACUAAAGGAUUUCGGGAAUUCGUCUGUUGUGACAUCUCAGCAUAUAAGAAAUUGGCUGUUAUGUGAGUAAAACGGGAAUGACGAGAAUGGAAUAUUUAUUUUACAAUUUUAAUGUACUUCUUUAACAUUAUCACAUAGUAAAGUUGCACAUUUAUUCUUAACAGAUAUUUUCAGCUAUUGGGUCGCAGGUAUCAGAUAUUCAACUUUUUACAUAUUCAGUUGAAGAAAUCAGCACGAAACCAUGACUGAUGCAAAGUAUUUUACAACCACCAAAAAAGGUGAAAUCUUUGAACUCAAAAGUGAACUGAACAGUGACAAGAAGGAGAAGAAAAGGGAAGCUGUUAAGAAAGUUAUUGCUUCUAUGACUGUUGGGAAAGAUGUCAGUGCUCUCUUUCCUGAUGUCGUUAACUGUAUGCAAACUGACAACUUGGAAUUGAAGAAGCUGGUUUACUUAUACUUGAUGAACUAUGCAAAAAGCCAGCCAGAUAUGGCUAUCAUGGCAGUGAACACUUUUGUUAAGGAUUGUGAAGAUGCCAACCCCCUAAUCCGUGCUUUGGCUGUUCGCACCAUGGGAUGUAUUCGUGUGGACAAGAUAACUGAGUAUCUUUGUGAACCUCUCCGAAAGUGUUUGAAAGAUGAAGAUCCAUAUGUGAGGAAAACAGCUGCAGUGUCAGUUGCUAAGCUUCACGACAUCAAUGCCCAACUCGUAGAAGACCAAGGAUUUUUGGAUCAGCUCAGAGAUCUUUUGUCAGAUUCCAAUCCUAUGGUUGUUGCUAAUGCUGUGGCAGCACUUUCGGAAAUAAAUGAAGCAUCCAGUAGCGGACAGCAUUUGAUUGAUAUGAAUGCACAAACGAUAAACAAGCUCUUGACUGCUCUGAAUGAAUGCACUGAAUGGGGGCAGGUGUUUAUUUUGGAUUCUCUUGCUAAUUGUGAUCCUAAAGAUGAAAGAGAAGCUCAAAGCAUUGCUGAGAGAGUCACUCCUCGCUUGGCACAUGCCAAUGCCGCUGUGGUCUUGUCGGCUGUUAAGGUUUUGAUGAAACUGAUGGAAAUGAUGAGUCCUGAUUCAGAAUUUGUUACUACUCUAACUAAAAAGUUAGCCCCUCCGUUGGUAACCCUUUUGUCUAGCGAACCUGAAGUGCAGUAUGUUGCGCUUAGAAAUAUUAACCUAAUCGUUCAGAAAAGACCUGAUAUCUUGAAGCAUGAAAUGAAAGUGUUUUUUGUCAAGUACAAUGAUCCUAUUUAUGUGAAAUUAGAAAAGUUAGACAUUAUGAUUAGGCUGGCAUCUCAAGCAAACAUAGCACAAGUGUUAGCUGAGUUGAAAGAGUAUGCUACUGAGGUAGAUGUAGAUUUUGUUCGCAAAGCUGUUCGUGCUAUAGGUAGAUGUGCUAUAAAAGUAGAACCUUCUGCUGAGCGUUGUGUUAGUACAUUGCUUGAUCUAAUUCAAACUAAAGUCAAUUACGUUGUGCAAGAGGCUAUUGUUGUUAUAAAGGAUAUCUUUAGAAAAUAUCCAAAUAAAUAUGAGAGCAUUAUUUCUACUCUAUGUGAAAAUUUAGACACUCUGGAUGAACCUGAAGCUAGAGCAUCCAUGAUUUGGAUUAUUGGAGAAUAUGCUGAAAGAAUUGAUAAUGCUGAUGAGCUCUUGGAGAGCUUUUUGGAAGGUUUUCAUGAUGAAAAUACUCAGGUGCAACUUCAACUUUUGACUGCUAUUGUUAAGUUGUUCUUAAAGCGGCCAACUGAAACUCAAGAAUUAGUACAACAAGUUUUAAGCUUAGCCACUCAAGACAGUGACAAUCCGGAUUUGAGAGAUCGUGGAUUCAUUUAUUGGCGCCUCUUGUCUACAGAUCCUGCUGCAGCCAAAGAAGUUGUUCUUGCUGAAAAACCUUUAAUAUCUGAAGAAACAGAUUUACUUGAACCUACUUUAUUAGAUGAACUUAUAUGUCACAUCAGUAGUUUAGCAUCAGUGUAUCAUAAACCUCCAUCUGCAUUUGUUGAAGGCAGACUAGGCCUUCGAAAAUCUCUGCCGCCAAGACAAAAUUCUCUUGGCUCCACUGAGGAACACACAACUGGUAGUCCUCUUGCUGUGCCAGAACAACCAGCUGUUAUUCCUACCGGUGAGAGUUUAAUUGGUGACCUCUUGAGCAUUGAUCUGAAUGCGCCUCCAGUUGCAGCUGUACCUCCUUCUGUUCCAGUUGCUGCAGCAGCUCCACCAAGUUCUGCUGUAGAUUUACUAGGAGGUGGUCUUGACAGCUUUUUGGGUGAGAUUGGAACAACAGAAACUACUACACCUCAGCCAAAUGUUGGUGCUGCUGGCCUGUUAGAUGAUAUUUUUAAUGUUGGGCAGGCUCCUUCAUUCUAUACUCCUCCAAAACAGGUCUGGUUACCUGCUGCUAGAGGAAAAGGAUUAGAAAUUGCUGGCACUUUCACUGUUAAAAACAAAGAAGUAUUAAUGGAAAUGACUUUUUAUAACAAAGCCAUGCAGGCUAUGGCAGGAUUUGCAAUACAAUUUAAUAAAAAUAGCUUUGGUUUAGCUCCAGCAAAAGCUCUCCAAGUUCCCUCACCUUUCAUGCCAAAUACAAGUGUAGAUGCUACUCUUCAACUAAACACAUUGGGUGCUGUGCAAAAAAUGGAUCCACUAACAAAUUUACAGGUUGCUAUCAAAAACAAUGUUGAUGUAUUUUACUUUAGCUGUUUAGUCCCGUUGCAUGUGUUUUGUACUGAGGAUGGCAUGAUGGAUAAAAGAGUGUUCCUUUCUACUUGGAAAGAUAUACCAGCACAAAAUGAAGUUCAAUAUACAAUAGAUAACAUAGUUUUAAGCACAGAUCAAGUGUCUCAAAAAUUACAAAAUAAUAACAUAUUUACUAUUGCUAAGCGUAAUGUAGAUGGUCAAGAUAUGCUCUAUCAGUCAUUGAAGUUAACAAAUGGCAUAUGGGUUUUAGCUGAAAUGAAAAUACAGCCUGGUGUAACUGCUUUCACUCUAUCUUUGAAGUCACGUGCAAUGGAUGUAGCGAGUGCUGUUCAUCAAGCUUAUGAUUCUAUUUUGCGUAAUUAGUGUUGACGCUAAAAAACGAACUUAUAAAAUUUGAGUUAUGUUUUCAUACAUUAUUUCAUAGUUAUUGAGCUAAAUGUGGUUCAGUGUUCAUUAAGUGUAUUCAUGUUACAUUCCAAAUUAAAUAUCUAUAGAGUUC